CAAAAAACAACACACGCAGGUGGAAAUGAGGAAGGAGGGGUUGGUGGUGUUUGUGUGUGCGGUGGCGGUGGUGUUUGUGGCGGUGCUCACGCCGUGCGCAGGGCAGAGAGGAGGAGGAGGAGGAGGGUGGUCGUGGUGGGAGAACUGGAAUCAUGGCAACGGUGGCGAUGAUGACCACACUGGUCGCUGGAAUCAACAGCAAGCCUCGAGCACCACCACCACAACGACAACAAACCAAGUAGUGGACCCAUUGUCUGGUCCAAGCCAGAUGUCCACGGUGAACAUCGUCCAUGAUGCGACCUGGAGCAACGAUGCCAUUCUUGGCCAAACCGAAUCGACCCUGGUUGUGGCUGGAAACCCGCCACAGCAUGCGCUGGUGCAGGUUGAUCUGGAUGCGCUUGGGCAGCUGCUGGGUGAACAGCUAAACUCCGCUGCAACGUUAACAAGCGUGGAGCUGAGCCUGUACUUCAUCGGGGUUACUGUCACGCCGUUCACGGGGUCGCUCCCUCCGCUGAUUGUGCAGGCGGUGGCCGGCCCACUUGAUCUUGCCUGCACGGGCGAUUGCACCGUUCCCAGCGCGUCCCUAACAGCUCAGCUGCAGUCCCCAACUCAAGUUGCCUUCCCCUCCACCGCUGGCCACCUGUCGUGGGACAUCACCUCCAUUGUCGAGGCAUGGCACACGAACACCACCGCAACCAAGGCUUGGACCGGAGUGCUGCUGGUGCGACUGGGUGACGCAACUGCCACGUCGCUCGAGGUCAAAUUCGCCUCCACGGAACACCAGGACGCGGCAAAGCACCCGCUCGUCACAAUUCACCGCGCCAUCAUCGACCCACCCCACCCCAUGACGUCGACCGCAACAACAACAACGACGACGACAACUGCGGCAACUGGGGCAGGUGGGACGACGUCCGUGACAGCCACCACCACCGCGGGUACAACGGCGGGCGCAACCGUUGAUGCCUCUGCAUCUGUUGUGAACAACAACAACAACAACAACGACGACGACGACGACGACGACGACACGCGGUCAGCGGCGCAACAGGGAAGCACACGUGCACCCGGUGAUGGCAGCAGCGGCAACAGCAACAGCAACAGCAGCGGUUCUGUGGCUCUCGAAAAGUGGGUGCCUGUGCGACUUACUUGCUCACCCACCAACACUUGUCAGCAGCAGGCAGUUUGCGGUACACUUUGA